UGAACUUAUAGACAGCAGUCAUAUUUUGAAGAAACAUAAUAUAUUUUACCUGAUUGAGUGCAGUUACAGUUUAGCCGAAAGGUAAAAUGACCAACAGCACUUCAUUUUCGAUUAAUAUGGAUAUGUUUCUACUUAGUGUAUAGCUAACUGUCCAAACUUUCUGACGCGGAAACAGGUCGCUAGCUGAAGAUUUUUGUAACCAAAAGCCAGCGCCUCCCGGACCAGCUAGCAGGCUAAUUGCUAUGCUAACUAAUCUGUCUGGAGUCCUUCCAGCAGUUCAGUAGAUGUCCACCCCCUCAGACACUUCUGGUGGUAUGUCCCAUCCUGGCCCCUCUCCGGGGGCUGGUCUGUCCCCAGGGCCUAUCUUGGGCCCUAGUCCUGGACCCGACCCCUCACCAGGCUCGGUCCAUAGUAUGAUGGGACCAAGUCCUGGACCAGGAACACCCAACGCACCUCAUGGCAUGCAGGGCCAGGGACAAAAUGAAUACUCUCAGGACGCAAUGUAUCCUAUGCACAAGACCAUGGAGGGGAUGAACGAUAAGACCAUGGGAGACGCGAUGCACUUUGGUCAUAUGAAAGGUGUGGGGAUGAGAUCUCUGCAUAGCGGUAUGGGGCCUCCACAGAGUCCUUUGGACCAGCACAGCCAAGGAUACAUGUCACCCCAUCCUUCUCCCAUGAGUGUCCAUGAGCAUUCUUCAAGUCCCAUGUCAGGAGGUGGAGGUGGUGGUGGUGGGGGACCCACACCGCCACACAUGCCUCCCACCCAGUCAGGUCCUAUGAUGUCCAUGGAUCCGCAGGGUGCCAUGCCCAACAUGAGCCAGCAGGGGCGAGGCCCUUCUGCCUUUAGUCCAGUCCAGCUUCAGCAGCUCAGAGCUCAGAUCCUGGCCUACAAGAUCCUUGGGCGUGGUCAACCUCUGCCUGAAAACCUCCAACUGGCUGUUCAGGGCAAGAGGAGUCUACCCACAAUGCAACAGCAGCAACAUCCACAUCAACAGCAACAACAACAACAACAACAACAACAACAACAACAACAACAACAGCAGCAGCAGCAGCAACAGGCCCCUGGUGCCAGUCCUUACAACAGGCCUCCAGGUAUGCCAAUGGCACCUAUGGGUGGUUCCCAGACAAGUCUCUGCCCUACCCCAGCCAUGCAAGGACAUAAUCAGAGCACAGGACCCAAGCCUUGGUCUGAUGGUCAGGGUGGUGAAAAUCAAGCCAACAUUCAGAAGCAUGUCACCCCUGUUGCCAGCGGACGUCCGUCUCCCGCUCCCCCUCCGGCCUCCGCUGUGCCCGCUGGACCCAUGCCAGGCAGCUCAGUGAACCCCCAGCCUCCUGGGCAGCAGGUGUCCCCCAUGCUCCAGAUACAGCAGAAACAGAACCGCAUCACACCUAUUCAGAAACCACAGGGCUUGGACCCUGUGGGGAUCCUUCAAGAGAGGGAGUACAGAUUGCAGGCUCGGGUAGCACAUCGAAUUCAGGAGCUGGAAAGUCUGCCAGGAUCUCUGCCCCCCGACCUGAGGAAUAAAGCCACAGUGGAGCUCAAGGCACUGCGUCUGCUCAACUUUCAGCGGCAGCUGAGACAGGAUGUGGUGGCAUGCAUGAGGAGAGACACCACUCUUGAGACGGCCCUCAAUUCCAAGGCUUACAGACGCAGCAAGCGGCAGACGCUGAGGGAAGCUCGUAUGACCGAGAAGCUGGAGAAACAACAGAAGCUGGAGCAGGAGAAGAAGCGUAGACAGAAACAUCAGGAAUAUCUCAACAGUAUCCUUCAGCAUGCUAAAGACUUCAAGGAGUACCAUCGCUCAGUGUCGGGUAAAAUGCAGAAACUCACCAGAGCUAUUGCCACCUGGCACACCAACACCGAGCGCGAACAGAAGAAGGAGACUGAGAGGAUCGAGAAGGAGAGGAUGAGGAGACUGAUGGCAGAGGAUGAGGAAGGCUACCGAAAACUGAUUGACCAAAAGAAAGACAAGCGUCUGGCCUACUUGCUGCAGCAGACGGACGAAUAUGUGGCCAACCUCACAACCCUGGUGUACGAACACAAAGCUGCCCAGGCUGCCAAGGAUAAGAAGAAGAAGAAGAAGAGAAAGAAGAGGGUGGAUGGAGACGGAGAAGGCACCAGUGCAAUUGGACCCGAUGGAGAGCCUAUGGAUGAGAGCAGCCAAAUGAGUGAGCUGCCUGUCAAAGUGAUCCAGACAGAGACAGGGAAAGUCCUCCAGGGAACGGACGCUCCUAAAUCCAGCCAGCUGGAGGCCUGGCUUGAAAUGAACCCAGGGUAUGAAGUCGCCCCUCGGUCAGACAGCGAAGAGAGUGGCUCAGAAUCCGAAGAGGAGGAGGAAGAGGAUGUUCCCAAGGCAGAGGCAGAGGAGAAGAAGUUAAUCACUCCAAACAGAGAGGAUGAGACUGUGGUGGCUGCCGAGCAAGUCAUCGAGUCUGUCAAGCAGGAUGUGGACGAUGAGUACAUCGUUCCUACAGGACAAACCGAAUCCCACUCUUACUACGGCGCGGCCCAUGCUGUCAUCGAGCGAGUGGAGAAGCAGUCAUCGCUGCUGAUCAACGGCACGCUUAAACAUUACCAGGUCCAAGGGCUGGAGUGGAUGGUGUCCUUGUACAACAACAAUCUAAACGGCAUCCUGGCAGACGAAAUGGGGCUCGGCAAAACAAUCCAAACCAUUGCCCUAAUCACCUACCUGAUGGAGUACAAGAGGAUCAAUGGCCCCUUCCUCAUCAUCGUUCCUCUCUCGACUUUGUCUAACUGGGUCUAUGAACUCGACAAGUGGGGACCGACUGUGGUGAAAAUAGCUUACAAGGGCACCCCUGUUUUGCGCCGUGGGCUUGUGCCUCAACUCCGCAGCGGGAAGUUCAAUGUCUUGCUAACCACCUAUGAAUACAUCAUCAAAGACAAGCACAUACUGGCCAAGAUUCGUUGGAAGUACAUGAUUGUGGAUGAAGGCCACCGCAUGAAGAACCACCACUGUAAGCUGACCCAGGUACUAAACACCCACUACGUCGCCCCUCGCCGUCUCCUCCUCACCGGUACUCCGCUGCAGAACAAGCUGCCUGAGCUGUGGGCUCUGCUCAACUUCCUGCUGCCCACCAUCUUCAAGAGCUGCAGCACCUUCGAACAGUGGUUCAACGCCCCGUUCGCCAUGACAGGAGAGAGGGUUGACCUAAAUGAGGAGGAGACCAUCCUUAUUAUCCGGCGUUUGCACAAGGUGCUCCGCCCCUUCCUCCUGCGCAGACUGAAGAAAGAGGUGGAGUCUCAGCUGCCAGAGAAGGUGGAGUAUGUCAUUAAGUGUGACAUGUCUGCCAUACAGAAAGUUCUGUACCGCCACAUGCAGAAGGGCAUCCUUCUCACUGACGGCUCAGAGAAAGACAAGAAGGGGAAAGGAGGGGCAAAGACCCUGAUGAACACCAUUAUGCAGCUGAAGAAGAUCUGCAACCAUCCAUAUAUGUUCCAACACAUUGAAGAAUCUUUUGCUGAGCACUUGGGCUAUCCGAAUGGCGUCAUCAAUGGACAUGAGCUGUAUCGAGCUUCUGGAAAGUUUGAGCUCCUGGACCGCAUCCUGCCAAAACUUCAUGCUACAAAUCACAGAGUUCUACUUUUCUGCCAAAUGACCACUCUUAUGACAAUCAUGGAGGACUACUUUGGCUACCGCAACUUCCAGUACUUGCGUCUUGAUGGAACAACAAAGGCUGACGACCGAGCAGCUUUGCUGAAGAAAUUUAACGAGGAAGGAUCUCAGUACUUCAUCUUCCUGCUCAGUACCAGAGCCGGUGGACUCGGUCUCAACCUGCAGGCUGCCGACACUGUUGUCAUUUUUGACAGUGACUGGAACCCACACCAGGACCUUCAGGCUCAGGACCGGGCUCACCGCAUUGGUCAGCAGAACGAGGUGCGUGUCCUGCGUCUCUGCACCGUUAACAGCGUGGAGGAGAAAAUCUUGGCAGCCGCCAAAUACAAACUAAACGUGGAUCAGAAGGUCAUCCAGGCAGGCAUGUUUGACCAGAAGUCCUCCAGCCACGAGCGACGUGCCUUCCUGCAGGCCAUUUUAGAGCACGAGGAGCAGAAUGAGGAAGAAGAUGAAGUCCCCGAUGAUGAGACCCUUAACCAGAUGAUAGCCCGCAACGAAGAUGAGUUUGAGCUCUUCAUGCGUAUGGAUAUGGACCGCCGCCGGGAGCAUGCGAGGAACCCAAAGCGAAAGCCUCGUCUCAUGGAGGAGGACGAGUUGCCCUCUUGGAUCAUUAAAGAUGAUGCCGAGGUUGAGCGGCUCACAUAUGAAGAGGAGGAGGAGAAGAUGUUUGGGCGAGGAUCACGUUGCCGCCGGGACGUGGACUACAGUGACGCACUGACUGAAAAACAGUGGCUACGGGCCGUUGAGGAUGGAAACCUGGAGGAGAUGGAGGAGGAGAUCCGUCUGAAAAAGCGCAGACGCAAGAGGCGUCAGGACAAGGACUCAUCGAGCAGAGAGGAUGGGAGCUCCAAGGCCAAGAAGAAACGAGGACGUCCACCAGCUGAGAAACUCUCCCCCAACCCCCCCAAACUCACCAAGCAAAUGAACACCAUCAUCGAUACAGUCAUCAACUACAGAGACGGGGCUGGACGACAACUGAGUGAGGUCUUUGUGCAGUUACCAUCCAGGAAGGAGCUCCCAGAAUAUUAUGAACUUAUCAGAAAACCCGUGGACUUCAAAAAGAUCAAGGAUCGUGUGAGGAACCAUAAAUAUAGGAGUGUUGGAGACCUGGAGAAGGAUGUGAUGCUGCUCUGUCACAACGCCCAAACCUUCAACCUGGAGGGGUCCCAGAUAUAUGAAGACUCUAUUGUCCUUCAGUCCGUGUUCAAGAGUGCCAGGCAGAAGAUUGCCAAGGACGAAGAGAGUGAUGAUGACAGCGAUGAGGAGGAUGAUGAGGAAGAUGAGUCUGAGUCAGAUGCCAAGUCAGUGUGGGUUAAGAUCAAGCUGAGUAAGGAGGGACGCAGCAGUGACAAAGGGAAGAAGAGGCAGAGCCGAGGGAAAGCCAAGCCGGUGGUUAGUGACGACGACAGCGAAGAAGACCAGGAUGACAAUGAUCAGUCAGACAAGAGUGAUGACGAGUGAGGACGUGAGGAUAUUGUUUAUAUCACUUAUAAACAAAAGGACGUUAUCUUCCAUCAAUGUCUCUUCAGGUUAUUCUCUGUAUCUUUUCAUUUGUCAUCUGUGUGUCCGUCUGUGUUGUGUUGUUGCGCCUUCACCUACCAGCUUGGAAAUAUAUUACUAAUAAUCGAUAAGCUACAGCAAUAUCAAUCAGCUUGUAUUCCUGUUUCUAAGACAAUUUUGUAGUAUAUUUUUUAACUGUGCUUUAAAGGAGAUUUCAAUUGUGUAUGGAAAAAAACAAGAAAAGAAAAAAAAGAUAUGGUUUUCAUAAGCGCUUUUGCUCAUUUUGUACUUGCUUGCACUUUUCGAGAAUUAAAUAUGAAUCGCCAGAUUUUUAAGAAAUAAAAUAUAUAAAAGUAUAAAUAGCCAAGGACACCUUAGUAAAUUUGAAAAGCCACUGGUGAUAAAAACGAUGGCAAUCAAUCAAGUUUAACGUUUUUGGAUCAGUUGCUUGACAUUGUGUAGUACCCAAUUUUGGAACAUAGAUAAGUGUUUACUAAAGCCCACCCCCAAAAUGACGUCUGUCCAAUUAGAGCUAAGCAACUGUUACUUAGCUCUGCAGUCCUGUCAUGUUUCAGAGUUCCUCAUGUCAAUUACACAAACUAAAGAGCAGAAAGUGUAGGACAGUGAUAAUACUGUUUGUCAUCUGCUUUAACAUACUGUAUGUUGCAAAUGAUUGUAGAUGUUGGAAGCAUCAUCUCAAACUUCUAUCCAUAAUCAAAAACCAGACAGUAACUAUGAGGGGUGUGGUUUAGCUGACAGUCAUUACUGAAACAACACAAUUUUGAAAGUGUCAAAUAUUUCUCAACUUAUUGUCUUUUACAGCCAGCACAACAAAAUGUCACUUAUGCCCAAUGAAAUUUGUUCCACUCAAAGUGCUUUUCAUUUUACAGCUUUUAUUGAAAGUAGUGUAACCUUGCAUUAUGUAGGUGGCACAUGGUUUAGAUGAGUCCCUGUGUUUCAUGUAUCUUUCUUGUAUUGCUCUUACAUGUUGUCGUUUAUCAGAGCUGAAGCUCUGAACUUUGUUGUAACAGUUUCCUUCACUUAAUAAGAAGUGUUUGGGUUAUUAAGAUUGAGCGACUGACCUUCAGAAGAAUCUAUUUCUUUGUUGGUAGCACAUUAACGGGGGAAACAAGUUGUCUUGUUAAAUAAAAAGCGUCUUCAGUAGCAGUCCAUGUAGCUUUUUAAAGCAUCUGAAAGAAUGUUGCACCAUGUGAUGGUCGCAGCAACAACACGAAUGUAGAGAACAAAUGUUUGGCUUGAAAAGAUGGUAAACAAUAAUAAAUACAAAAAAAACAGUAUUAUGGGAUUAGAAACGGAUUUGAAAAACAUUGAAUAUAACAGUAUUUUAAACUUUGUAUUGGUUUAAACAUUUGUUGAGGUGUUUGUGUUUCUAUAUUAGCCCUCAUUUAUUGAUUUCAAUGUUGCUUGUAGCAUGACCUCUUUUGGCGAUAUCCUGUGAACAUGCAGAUAUAUCAUUUUUUGUUUGUGUAACAUGUGCUUGCCGACUCUUCAUAGUGUGGCUUAACCUUUGCUUUCUUUGCACAGUGUCUUUGUGGUUGUAUUUCAUGGCCAAGGGCAAAUAAAAUCUCACGGAUUUUCAGCACAGAAAA